AUGUCCUGGGCACGAGAACUCAAAGGUUUGCCCGGUGUAGAUAAUCCUUUUGACAAGGUAGCAAACUGCUAUAGAACUUUCAUCUCGGAUAAUGUAGAAGUUAUUCCUUUUGACAACUUGAAAGUCAAAAAAAAGCCUUUGACGAUGCCACUUAUAGAUAUGAUUAUCAAGGAAUAUGGAAAAUUCCAUGCAGUUUCCAUCGCUAUUAAAAAUCAACAACCGGAGAAGUUUCAACAACUAGCCGAAAAAUGCGGUGACUUCUGGGGAAAAAUUUAUGAAUACACAGACAUAUUAACCACACACGAAGAAUCAUGGAAAAAUCUGAAACCAAAAGUUCAACCAUUUUUGAAAAAGGUUAGUGAAGGCUUAGAAGGAAUGAAUGUUGUGGUACACGGCGAUUGUUGGAUUAACAAUCUUAUGCAUUAUCACGUAGUAAGACAACCAGCCACUAAUAUUUGCCAUACUAGACUGGCAGACGUCCAAGAUUUGUUUAUCUCUGAAGAAGGGUUCGAUAUUGCCAAAUCAAUGGCAGUCAAAAUUAAGGAUGCAUCUGGGUUUAAGAAACGAAUGCAAUAUCUCGUGAAGUUUUGUGUAGAACAAGAUUUAGUAUAG